AGCGGAAGGGAGGCAGCCAAUCAGAACGCGGGAGGGCCGGCGGCGCGGCGGCGCGGGGGAAGAUGGCGGCGGCGGCGGCGGCGGCGGCGGCGGCGGGAGGCGGGUGGGGACCGGAGGCGGAGGAGUUCGAGGACGCGCCCGACGUGGAGCCGCUGGAGCCGACGCUGGCGAAUGUCAUCGAGCAGCGGAGCCUCAAGUGGAUCUUCGUGGGCGGAAAGGGCGGCGUGGGCAAAACCACCUGCAGCUGCAGCCUGGCCGUGCAGCUUUCCAAGGUGCGCGAGAGCGUCCUCAUCAUCUCCACCGACCCCGCGCACAACAUCUCCGACGCCUUCGACCAGAAGUUCUCCAAGGUCCCCACCAAAGUGAAGGGCUACGACAACCUCUUUGCCAUGGAGAUCGACCCCAGCCUGGGGGUGGCGGAGCUGCCUGAUGAGUUCUUUGAGGAGGACAACAUGCUGAGCAUGGGCAAGAAGAUGAUGCAGGAGGCCAUGAGCGCCUUCCCCGGCAUCGACGAGGCCAUGAGCUACGCGGAGGUGAUGAGGUUGGUGAAGGGGAUGAACUUCUCCGUGGUGGUGUUUGACACGGCGCCCACCGGCCACACGCUGCGGCUCCUCAACUUCCCCACCAUCGUGGAGCGCGGCUUGGGUCGCCUCAUGCAGAUCAAGAACCAGAUCAGCCCCUUCAUCUCUCAGAUGUGCAACAUGUUGGGCUUGGGGGACAUGAACGCCGACCAACUGGCCUCCAAGCUGGAGGAGACGCUGCCCGUUAUCCGCUCCGUCAGCGAGCAGUUCAAGGACCCUGAGCAGACGACUUUAUCUGCGUGUGCAUCGCGGAGUUUCCUGUCGCUCUACGAGACCGAGCGGCUCAUCCAGGAGCUGGCCAAGUGCCGCAUCGACACCCACAACAUCGUGGUCAACCAGCUCGUGUUCCCCGACCCCCAGCGGCCCUGCAAGAUGUGCGAGGCCCGGCACAAGAUCCAGGCCAAGUACCUUGACCAGAUGGAGGACCUCUACGAGGACUUCCACAUCGUGAAGCUGCCGCUGCUGCCCCAUGAGGUGCGAGGGGCCGACAAAGUCAACACCUUCUCCUGCCUCCUCCUGGACCCCUACCAGCCCCCCAGCCCCAAAUAACCCCCUUGGGGGGUACCGGGGGGGGGGGGGGGGUGGGGGCACCCCAUAUUUAUCCCCCUCCCAUCCAUAUGUCCCUAGGGUUGGGGAAGGGGCCACAAAGGCCCCGUCCCCCCCCCUCGGGCCUGUGUAAAUAAUAAAGUCCGGCAGCAGCGGA